UUCAAUCCAUCAAACACAGCUGAAAUAUUAACACUCUCAUAGUCUCACACUCUCAUUCUCAAGUCUCUACACUUAAUAGACUUGAACCUUUUUAGAAUCCUUCCAGAAUCCAGAUUACACCAAAGCCAAAAUGGGUGCUGUUGAAAUCCCAACAAUGGUGCUUCCCAACACUUCUGGUAAACAGAGGAUGCCGGUGAUUGGCAUGGGCUCAGCCCCUGACUUCACCUGCAAGAAAGGCACAAGAAACGCCAUCAUAGAAGCCAUCAAGCAGGGCUAUAGACACUUCGACACGGCCGCGGCAUAUGGCUCAGAGCAGGCUCUUGGAGAAGCUUUGAAGGAAGCACUUGACCUUGGUCUAGCCAAAAGAGAAGACCUCUUCGUCACUUCCAAGCUUUGGGUCACUGAAAACCAUCCUCAUCUUGUUCUUUCUGCUUUGCGCAAAUCACUCAAAACUCUUCAGCUGGAGUACUUAGACCUGUACCUGAUCCAUUGGCCCCUCACUUCUCAACCAGGAAAGUUUUCAUUUCCAAUUGCUGUAGAGGAACUCUUGCCAUUUGAUGUGAAGGGUGUUUGGGAAUCCAUGGAAGAAGGCCUCAAACUUGGCCUCACCAGAGCUAUUGGAGUCAGCAACUUCUCUGUUGAAAAGCUUCAAAAUCUGUUGACUGUUACCACCGUUCCUCCUGCUGUGAAUCAGGUGGAGAUUAACCUUGCUUGGCAACAGAAGGAACUAAGAGAGUUUUGCAACACGAAUGGAAUUGUCAUGACUGCCUUCUCACCUCUGAGGAAAGGGGCAAGCAGGGGGUCAAAUGAAGUUAUGGAGAAUGAUAUGCUGAAAGAGAUUGCAGAUGCUCAUGGCAAGUCUAUAGCCCAAGUCAGUCUAAGAUGGUUGUGUGAACAAGGAGUCACUUUUGUGGCAAAGAGUUAUGAUAAAGAUAGGAUGAACCAGAAUCUGCAAAUCUUUGAUUGGGCACUGACGAAGGAAGAUCAUGAAAAAAUAGAUCAAAUCAAGCAGAACCGUUUGAUUCCUGGACCAACCAAACCUCAACUUAAUGAUCUCUGGAAUGACCAAGCAUGAGCUAUUGAAUCACAUCUUCUAUUUAUUAUUCAUAUUUCUUAUACCGAAAUGUUGAGCUUCUAAUGAGCCCUGUUUUUCUGCUUUGUGUUUAAACAAUUGAUGUCUUUUUUUUUUGAUAAAAAACAAUUGAUGUCGCAUUACAUUUUACACAAGUUUCUUUUUCCUAGAUAUUUGACAUAGCUUGUUAUCAUUUAAUUAUGAGAUAUGU